AUGGCAUUCCAGUACGUCCUUCUCUCCAUCUGCGCUCUGCUCGGUGCGGCCAACGCUGGCCUCCUGGCUCCAGCCAGCUAUGUGGCAGCUGCUCCCGUGCUGACCAAGCUGGCCCAGCCACAUUACGACGCCGUCGGCACCACCCAGCAAAAUGUGGUGCGCUCGUUUGGUGGCACCGUCUCCACCUACUCCAAGAACGUGGUCACACCCUACUCCAGCGUCAGCAAAGUGGACUCCCGCACCACCAACAAUGUCUACACGCCUAAGACUGUCUAUGCUGCUGCUCCAGCUCCUGCUAUCACCUAUGCUGCUCCAGCUCCCGUACUGGCCAAGACUGUCUCGUAUGCUGCUCCCGCUGUCACCUACUCAGCGCCUGCUCCCGUGCUGGCCAAGACUGUCUCGUAUGCUGCUCCAGCUCCAGUUUAUGCCAAGAGCUAUGCCGCACCACUCGCUGCGCCCACGGCCUAUGUGAAGUAUUCGCCUGCAAUUAACGUUGCUCACGUUAGCUUCGAUGGCUUUGGCUCCCACUGGGGCUAUUAG